GGGGGGGGGGGGUGACGGGGUGUGCCAGGGCUGAGUGGGCGGGAGAAGGGCUGAGCGGGUGGGGAAAAGGCCCUUAAAUGCAUCCCUGGCGAUGGGUGUGCACUCCAGGAGCGCCAGCCACCGGAGACUGUCAGAGGCACCGUGAGCACCGCGAGCACCAUGAGCAGCAUCAGCGCCGUCGUGCAGCGCGCCCGGGCCGCCUUCGACUCGGGCCGCACGCGCCCCCUGCAGUUCCGCAUCCAGCAGCUGGAGGCGCUGCGGCGCAUGAUCAAGGAGCGCGAGAAGGACAUCGCGGGCGCGCUGGCCGCCGACCUCCACAGGAACGAGUGGAACUCGUACCACGAGGAGGUGGUUUACUGCCUGGAGGAGAUCGAGUACAUAAUCAAGAAGCUCCCCGAGUGGGUUCUGGACGAGCCCGCGGAGAAGACGGCCCAAACCCAGCAGGAUGAGUGCUACAUCCACUCGGAGCCGCUGGGCGUGGUCCUCAUCAUCGGCACCUGGAACUACCCCUUCGACCUCACCGUGCAGCCCAUGGUGGGCGCCAUCGCUGCAGGGAAUGCAGUGGUCAUCAAGCCCUCGGAGCUGAGCGAGAACAUGGCGAGCCUGCUGGCCUCCCUCAUCCCUCAGUACCUGGACAAGGAUCUGUACCCGGUGAUCAAUGGGGGCAUCCCCGAGACCACGGAGGUGCUCAAGGAGAGGUUCGACCACAUCCUGUACACGGGCAGCACUGGUGUCGGCAAGAUCGUGAUGACGGCCGCGGCCAAGCACCUGACCCCAGUCACGCUGGAGCUGGGGGGGAAGAGCCCUUGCUACGUGGACAAGGACUGUGACCUGGACGUCGCCUGCCGGCGCAUCGCGUGGGGCAAGUUCAUGAACAGCGGCCAGACCUGUGUGGCCCCCGACUAUAUCCUCUGCGACCCCUCCAUCCAGAGCCAGGUCGUGGAGAAGCUCAAAAAGUCUGUGAAGGAGUUCUACGGGGACGAUGCCCAGAAGUCUCGUGACUACGGGAGGAUCGUGAGCUCCCGGCACUUCCAGCGGGUGAUGGGCCUGCUGGAGGGCCAGAAGGUCGCCUAUGGAGGCACUGGGGACGCGGCCACCCGGUACAUAGCCCCCACCAUCCUCACGGACGUGGACCCCGAGUCCCCGGUGAUGCAGGAGGAGAUCUUCGGGCCCAUCAUGCCCAUCGUGUGCGUGCGCAGCCUGGAGGAGGCCAUCCGGUUCAUCAACCAGCGCGAGAAGCCCCUGGCGCUCUACGUGUUCUCCCACAACGACAAGGUGAUUAAGAAGAUGAUUGCGGAGACAUCCAGCGGCGGGGUGACGGCCAAUGACGUCAUCAUCCACCUGUCCGUGCACUCUCUGCCCUUCGGGGGUGUGGGGCACAGCGGCAUGGGCUGCUACCACGGCAAGUAUAGCUUCAUGACCUUCUCCCACCGCCGCUCCUGCCUGGUGAGGUCUCUGAAGAAGGAGGAUCCCCUCAAAGGCAGAUACCCGCCCAGCCUGGCCAAGAUGACCCGCCACUGAGCCUGCUGCACCUGGCCGCCCGCGGUGCCUUCACCUGCUCCUGCAGCCCCUCCUGCUCCUCCCGCCCCCACGCCCAGGCGCCCCCCAGUCCCAGUUCCCUUGCUGGACACGCAGGACCAAUAAAGUUUUCCAAACAGA